CUAUAAGAGACUUAUCGAGGACCGAUCAUCAUCCGAUCUAGCGAGAGUUGACCAUAAUACCCUUCCAUUCAACCCACGUGAAACGAAAGGAUGGGCGGUCGCGCGUUUCACAACCGAGGCUUACAAGCCCCGCGCCUCGCUCCGAAACUCUACACUUCGCUGGUCACCCUCUACCAACCUGUCCUGGAAGAGCUCUACGCACGGGUGGUCUGUCUGCCUUCGGUCUGGGAGAAACCGGAUCAUGGGGACAUUGAUUUCCUCGUCGUCGAGAGAGACGACUCGUCGAUCGACCCGGUUGAAUUAGCCGAUCGGCUGGGGGCCAAGGCGUUCAUCGUUAACGCACCGUCGACGAGCUACGCCGUACCUCAUCCGGACUUUACCUCCAGCUCAAAAGUCAUCGUGCAGAUCGAUAUCAGAACCUGUCCGAAAGAGACGUUCGACUGGCAAUCGUUCACGGGGUCAUAUGCCGAUCUAGGGCCGGUCUUGGCUUUCCUCUUACGGCCCGUCGCGCUCAAGAUCACCGAUAAGGGAUUUUUCCUGCGCGUCCCUCCAAGUCAAGCGUACUCGAAAGGGAAAGAAGAUAUGCUUCUCCUGAGCAACGAUCCCGAGGCGGUCAUGCGCUUCCUCGGGCUGGACGAAGAACGCUUCAAAGCGGGCUUCGCGACCGAGUUCCAGGUCUUUGAUUUCCUCCUCAGCGGACGCCUUCCGAGACCACAAAAGCUGUCCGGGGGUGAGUUGAGGAAGAAGGAUAGGGUGUUGGUCAAGAAGCGUCCGAUGUUCAGGAGGUUUGUUGAGGAUUACUUGUCGAGGCAAGGUGGCGAGCACGGGACCGAAGGCGAUGGCAAUGGCGAUGGCAAGGGCGAGGGCGAAGGCGAGGGCGAAGAAAACGAAGCGGGGAAGUACAAGUGGGAGACGAAAGAGGAGGUGAAGGAGGCUGCUUUAAGACAUUUUCACCGUCAAGUAAAAUACGAGGCGAUGUCGUAAAGAAGGGUGUUUCCGGCUAGCAAGGUACAACACCGUAUUGAGUAGUGCGGUAACGAGAUAGAUAGUAGUGUUCUAUAAGCGUAUGUAAAUGUACUUCCGGAUGUCUUGCCCGAUUCUUGUCGAUAUUACAGGUUGUAACGUGUUCUCACGAGGGGAAUCUGCCGGUAGCACACUUGCUUGUCUUAUGACGUGCUUCCUCGCCUUCAGAUGAGCUAGUCGCUCGGAUCGCCUCGCGCUCGAGUUCCGAUUCUACCUAUCUCGCUG